AUGAUACAAGAUACGGGCAGUGAUUGCCAUCAAGAAAGUCUGCGGAUACGGGACAACAUCAUCGCAUCUUUGAAAUCAUGGGAAUGCUACUACGGCACCAAGUACAGUGGCAACCCGAUCCCGGAUGUGGCGCAAAGUCCAGUGCUGUACUUUCAGAACGCAUCUCAAAUACUCCGUGGCCUAGUAAACAUUCAACUACAAACGUGCGUUGCUGAUUUGCAAGAUGCUCUCGGAAAAGGCGGAGCAAAUGCUGUUGACGAAAGCCUGGGCCGACUUCGAGUCUACUUCACAAACGGAUACACCAACUGUAUUGGAGCACACCAAGAGUUGCCAUUUGAGUCUCUAGAUGCCUUCGCCAAAUCAGUCAUGGAAACUACAUCAAUCAUGAGCAACCCGACACUACAGUCUGCCACACCUUAUAGCAUCUUUGGAAUCUUCCUAAAUCAUGUCUUGCAAUGGGCAUUUCUAAAAAGCAGCCCCGAAACAUUGAAGUCGCACCUUCGUGAGCAUCUCCGAGAUAUGGCUUUCUCAUAUCACGGACGGGGCAUGUCGGAGCUCAGUGGAAUACUUGAUUUCGGGCUCUCCUCAGCAAACCCGACAGUCGUGAACAGGGACAGAAGCCACUUAGUUCUCAUGCAAGCUGCGCAGAAUUUGGCGCUGCUUGGUACUUGGGGCGCAUCGUUGAACCUGGCCCUUCUGCUUCAGUUGAGAGCGAAAACUUAA